AGUCAUUAUUAACUGCCUGAUGAGCUGAUCAAGACAUCCAAUUUGGAAGGAUAUAUAUGGUAGCCUUACUGAGGCUGAUCCCCUUCUGAGCUCUCUUAUGUUCGAGUUCGGGCCACAACCCUUCCUUCACAAACUCUUCGAGAUACUGAAUUCCCAUUCGCGACAAUGGCUACUCGAGAAGAAAUCGUCACGCUGAACAACGGCAUCUUGUGCCUGGUUGUCCUCGAAGCCGAGCGCCAUCCUAGUCUGGGAUUGGUGGAGGAUGCGAAAGACCCCAAAAGGGUUGAAGCUAUCUUUCAGCACUGGAUCGAUGAACGGAAGGAUUGCUUGAGAAACACAGAUGCGCUUCGAAGAACGCGCGCCUGGCUGAGUUCUCACGGAUCAAAUGCAACGCUUCAUGACAGCCCGAUCGUGCUUGUUGAUGAGGAUUUACGGAUGCAGCCUUUCAGGGGUACUGAUUACUCUCUUAAUCAUACUCGCGGGGUGUGGGAAGCACCGAAGGCAGAUUCCAGCUUGAUUAAACUUGAGUUGGUUCAGACCUUUGCUCUACGCGCAGGUCCGCUGAUCUCGAUGACACAGCAGGAGAUUCGCGGAGAUGUCGAGAAGCCUGCCGGCGACGAGCUGAUAGUCCAGGCUCCUCGACACCUCGCAUGGUCGCAAUGGAUAUGCUACAUCGACAGCAGAAAACCUACGGUCAUGUUGAGCCAUGAUCUACAAACCCGGCUUCUUAGGUCAUUCGGUAGAUCUCUGGAAUAUUGCCAUGAACGGCUUUCCCGCGCUGCUUCCCACAAUCAAUCGAUUAUCCCAGCAAAUUACAGUGAUAGUGAGAUGGAGGGAUCAAGCGCUCUCAGCCAACUCUCCUGCUCACGCCCAGCCAUGACGAUCCAUAGCGAGUUCGCGCAUGGAGAUGACUCGGUCGUCAGGAAACCUGUUCAAAGCACAAGCUAUAGCGGUUCGCCUGUCUCCAUUGGUUUCGUCUCCAUCCUUAUCCUCCUGGCUGAAGGGCAUGCGGGGGAAGGCCAAGAAAUCUUGAAUGGUCAAAUUCCUGCAUCGACUAGCAUGUCAUUUGAAAUCGUGAGAGGAACUUUACCUAUGUUUGCCUUCUUUGCGGUCAUAUACGCCUCCAAUCCGGCUCGAGAGGAAGCUGGCUGGAUAUCUACGAAGAUCGUCCACUCGUAG